AUGGCUGAUAUACUCCAUGAGGAUAAUUGUACGGGUCUCGGAACGUGCCGUUGCUGCCUCAAGCAAGCUCCUUGUCACGAUGUGGGCGUCGAGGAGAGUGAGCGAGUACCAGGAGAUGGAGCUAGCAGCACCAUUCAUGAAGACCAGUUGCGGGUCAGUGACGACGAUGGAUCAACGAACAGUGCUAGGAAUAGCAUCGACCCUUUCCGUGCGGAGAACGAUCCUGUUGCCACGGAAGGAAUGCUCAGGACGGGUCGAUAUUACAAAGGAAUUUAUUGGCCUUCAAUCACUAACAGUUUUAAGGAUGAGACGGUGGAGUUAUCAUAUCAAAGGUAUUCAAGAAGACAAAGACAAAGGUCUCUUAUAAUGGUCAAUGUAGUGGACUUCGCGCUAAAGAUUUGUUUAUCCCUCGUCUAUACUUUAUCUAACAGAGACGAUGAAAAGGUAGUAGCUGAUGGAUAUCAGAUUGCUUGGACCGCUGCUUUCGCGUUGCUCAAUGUAGCAGUGUGUCUGUUGGGGUGUUGGCGAUGCUUCGCUAAUAACUACCUACAUUGGGCUGCAGCUGCAACUUGGAUACUCCUUAUAGCUCAGGGUCUAAGCGGCCAAGGUAUCGGUUUCCAAGCACCAGAGAACCAGGUGUGGUACAUGUUGUUCAUAAUAUUUGUACCAUACGCGAUGCUACCGCUGUCUCUGGGCUGGUGUAUUGUGAUUGGUCUUCUGUCAUCUGUAUCUCAUGUACUGGCAACCUCCGUCAAUAUGAACGAAAUCAUGAAGGAGAAUCCUAAUGCUGCAAAAUCCUGCAGCAUGAGGUUGCUCGCUAGCAAUGGUUUAUUGUACACGGCGGUUAACUUCUCGGGGAUGUACGCGAAAUAUCUUGCUGACUGGGGCCAGAGGAAGGCGUUCCUGGAGACCCAUAGAUCGAUGGUUACAAGGCAAAGCACGAAGAGAGAGAGUGAUCGACAGUGGAAGUUAUUUCAAAGCGUGAUACCGGACUUUUUAGCAAAAGAGAUUUCCAGUUACGUUUCAAGAGUACGAGGAGAGUUUCAGGAACAGCAGUUUAACAAUUUAUACAUUCAAAGGCACGAAGAUGUGUCCAUAUUAUACGCUGAUAUUAAGGGAUUUACCGAAUUAUCCAGUAAAUGCAGCGCGCAAGAUUUGGUGAAGCUACUCAAUGAGCUUUUUGCUCGAUUCGACAGAUUGGCUUCGGAGAACCACUGCCUCCGUAUCAAGUUAUUGGGUGACUGUUACUUCUGCGUGUCUGGUCUGGCCGCUCGUCGUGAUGACCACGCUCAGUGUGCUGUAGACAUGGGCCUCCACAUGAUACGUGUGAUCCGGGACGUACGGUACAAUAAGCAGGUAUACGCGGUGGAUUUGGAUAUGCGUAUCGGUAUUCACAGCGGUACAGUACUAUGUGGUGUAUUGGGAUUACUGAAGUGGCAGUUUGAUCUCUGGUCCUAUGAUGUAUCUCUGGCUAACCACAUGGAGAGCGGAGGAUUACCAGGUCGAGUGCACAUAUCAGCGGCGACCAUGGAGUGUUUGCAGGGAGAGUUCCAAGUGGAACCAGGCGAGGGACACCUCCGGGAUCCCGUCAUCAGGGAACUCAAUAUAACAACUUACCUCAUCAAGGCUACUGAGCAACCACGACGAGCGAGACAUAAGUUGAACAACAACAGCAUUCGACCCCAGCAGCCAACAGAGACUCCAAGACGCACGAGUAGCACUACUGUGGAAGAAGAAAACACUACCGAUUGGACUCCGGAGAUGCCCUUUCAAAAUUAUUUCAACAGCAGCGCCCACGGACUUAUACGAGUGUCACGACGAAAUAAUGGUGAUGACGUCGAAAAUGGACAGGACAUGGAGCUUAGCACUAUAUCGGAGGACGACGAUAUAAUAAACCAUUCUAUCGAGGUGAGCAGUAAUCGUCGUAUGCGCGCCCAACACAUGCGGCCGUGUUCAUUAAGGUUCCGUCGAGCAUCGCUGGAGACACGCUUCGCACAACUCGAUGAGACCACUUUCAAGUCUAACGUGAUGUGCUGCCUCGUUAUAUGGAUCUUUAUUGUGGCUGUUCAGUAUAUUAUACAUUUUAAUUGUUGGGUGCUCGUGGUAACACUAAUGGCGAUGACGAUUCCCCUCGUGUUAUCAUUCGUGGUGGUGAUGGCGGAAGAGUUUCCUCGGGCUUUGCCGCUCCUGACUCGUCUCUCUGCUGCACUCAGUGGCAACAGGUUCCGUAGGAAUCUGCACAUCUGCUGCUUUGUCACCAUAAUGUCUAUAUCCAGCACUAUCAAACUACAUAUAUGCCAGAAUUCGUUUCCUAUAGAUACGAACGUAACUUUCAUUAACGAUUCGAUUGCUCUCAAUAUCACUAACCUUUCCGACGAUGAGAAAUUUGAAGAAUGUUAUAAACCAGAGUACGUCGUAUUUACCUGGAUUCUCAGUUUGGUCGCUUUGACUUCGAUCUUAAAACUGUACUAUUUAAUCAAAACACUCCUCGCCAUCAUCAACGUGGCUAUGUUCUCAAUACUAUUAUUUCAACACUAUAAUGCAGAUAAUUUCAGUAAUGGAGUCUAUGAUACUCAGCUCCCCUUCUAUGUGCAAAUGUUGAUUCUGAUGACAAUGUUCUUGGUGAUAGUCGUGUAUCACGCGAGACUAGUUGAAGUCACCUCUCGGCUCGACUUCUUGUGGAAGCUUCAGGCGGAGACCGAUUUGAAAGAAAUGAAAGAAACUCAACGAACCAACAGACAUCUCCUCAAACAUAUACUUCCCGAUCACGUGGUGAAACAUUUUCUAUCGAAAGACAGAUGUCCAGACGAAUUAUAUUCUCAAUGGAGGGACGAGGUUGGUGUAAUGUUCGCUGGGAUACCAAACUUCCAUGAGUUCUACUCUGAACAAAAAGCGAUCGACUGUAUGAGGCUUCUCAACGAGAUCAUUUUUGAUUUUGACAAGUUACUCAUGCAGCCCCGUUUUAAGAGCAUUGAAAAAAUCAAAACUAUAGGAGCAACCUACAUGGCAGCAUCUGGCCUCAAUCCUAAUCAUAAGUCAGCAGAUGAAGAUUGCGAACAUCUCUGUGCGCUAGUGGACUAUGCAUUCGCAAUACGAGAGGCUUUGGAAGAUAUCAACAAACAUAGCUUCAACAAGUUUCGUCUUAGAGUUGGUAUAAGUUGUGGUCCGCUGGUAGGAGGAGUGAUCGGUGCUCGGAAACCAGUGUAUGAUAUCUGGGGAAACACCGUGAAUGAAGCCUCCCGCAUGGAGUCCACAGGCGCUAUGGAUCGUAUACAGGUCACCAAAUAUACGAAACAAGUGCUGGAGCGUCGCGGAUACUCGCUUGAAAGACGAGGAGCCGUGGAGGUCAAGGGCAAAGGUCGCAUGGAGACGUGGUGGGUACAGCGGGGACGGAGGCGAGCUGGACCCCUCCCCGCACCCGCACCACCCCGCUCACUCGCCGCCCUGGUGUACACGAUGCUGCAGGCUCGUAAGAGGAUCUACACACAUCCUCUCGAUGGGCCACAACCACAUCAUGCGAACGCUAGCGGCUCGAACAGCGUCCGAAGACGCACAACACGACCGGGUACAGCGAGACAUAACACGGAGUGGAGACGAGCUCAGUCACGGAUUGAGACUGGCACCAACGGCGACAGUUAUACAAGCAUCAGACCUCACUCCAGUAGUAUGGUGGCUCGUCGCCCAGAGAUGGCGCCACCUGUCGUGGGCAGCAUGUCCGCGCCGCACACGCCCACGGCCUCCCACGUCUCACCUGAGCGCAUGUUCGCGGGCCCUAAAUUGGGCCUCGGAGCGAGGCUCAAGGCUGCCAGCUUCUCCUACCGAUCGAGGCCUAAUAGAGAUCGCUCCCCGAAGAUUCGGGAAUCGACCGACAGUGCAGCAGUCUCUCCCGCAAAUGGAGCGCCUGGAUCCUUUAGAUUCAGAUCCGUAACAACCGCUUCAUUCUUCAGAAGUAAGAACAAAGACAGAAGAAAAGAUCAAGACACGAAUGAAGAGAACGGCGAUACAGUCACUACUCGAAUGUAG